AUGUCAUUGAUACUCUCUACUUUAUGUCGUACACACGCUGAGCGAAAGCCACCAGAAGGAUUUCUUCCUAUCGAGUCACCUUUGACAGCUUCAUUAAACCGGUAUUAUGAACCUUGGGAGACUAUUACGGCGAACCUUCCAUCUCUCAUAUCUAGUCGGGUACUACGAGACUCGGUUGACUGUAUGCCGAUUUUGUCUGUACUUCACCUACAGGCAGAGCCAGAGUGGCGCAGAGCCUACGUCCUGCUGACAUUCAUGCUUCAUGGGUAUAUAUGGGGAUGUCCCAAUCCAGUAGAGAUCAUCCCACCCCCACUUGCAAUCCCACUAUUGCAGGUUUCCGCCCAUGUUGAGCUGCCCCCAAUCGCAACUUUUGCCGGAUUAUGUCUGUGGAAUUACAAAGUGAUCGACGCAGACAGAUCUCCUGCAGAUCCCGAAAACCUUGGUACGGGCUUCACGUUCACUGGAACGGACGACGAGAAAUGGUUUUAUUUGAUCUCUGUAGCUAUUGAAGCAGACGGCGCAAGGGUAGUCUCGCUUAUGACAGAUCUCAUCACUGCAUCGCAGCGGCAGGACCGACUUGCGGUGACAAAGGGCCUGGACUUACUAUCCAAAGCCAUCAGCCAUGUCAGGUCGCUACUACAGCGCAUGUACGAGCGGUGUGAUCCACAUGUAUUCUACCACCAUCUGCGACCGUUCUUGAAUGGUACCAAGAAUGCGGCGCACGCUGGACUUCCCUUUGGUAUUCUCUAUAAUGAUGGAACAGGGUUGCAAGAGUAUACACAAUACCGCGGGGGAAGCAAUGCGCAGAGCUCGCUCAUUCAGCUCUUCGACAUUAUUCUCGGCAUUGAACAUUCCUCGGAUGAACGGGCCUUCUUGCUGGAAAUGCGCCAGUACAUGCCGGGCCCUCACCGCCGAUUUCUAGAACGAAUCCCUCCUCAUGCGAAUAUGCGCGAGUUUGUGAGGAACAAUCCCUGCGGUGAAGAGCUGAAUGCUGCAUAUGCCAGGGCUGUCUGUAUGCUUCGUUCACUGCGGAACGCGCAUUUGCGUAUCGUCUCUCGGUAUAUCAUUGUGGAGUCGAAGAAGACGACGCCAAUAUUGUGCUCUAUAUGCAAUUCUCGGACACAUACCACAAAUCCCUUAGAAUUUUCAAAGGAUCUGUCCGUAGAUUGCAGUAGACAAGACGACAGCAGGAAAAGGGGCGCUGCUCUGAGGGGCACGGGUGGAACACCUUUGGUGCAGUUUUUAAAGCGGCUUCGGGAUGAUACGAAUUAUUACUAG